UGUGCGGAGGCAUUGAGCGCGCCCUUCUUGGAUCGCGGCGAUCAUGGUGCAUUUCUUCCAUCUCCCCAAAGGAGUACUCCAUAGGGUUUAUCUCAGGUAUUCUGCCGUUUGAGAUAGUAUAGUUCUGGUAUCCCACAGUCAUAUCUGGACCGUUGAAAGGUUUUGCGAUGCUUCCUGGGCGUUCCCAAUUUAUUUGAGGCUGUUGAAAUCCUGGUCUCCGAGAUUGUGGUGGAGGAGAAUAAUGUCGCUUUGGCAAUGGUUCAAAGGGCGGCGCUAUUCCUUGACUAUGUUUGAUUUGGCUGUUGAAGAUCUCAACGUCGGAGUUCACUCUCUGAGGCUGCGACGGGGGAGAAUAAUGUCGACGCUCCGAGAAUUCAAAGGGUGGUACUCUCUCCGGGAUAUCAACCUGACUGCCGAAGACUUCAACGCCAGACCUCAGUCUUUCAUUCUCCACUCGCAACUCUGAGUUGGCCUGUUUGAGUCUCCUUAGCCUUGCCUGGGCGUUUCGAAGUUGGUUGAGGUAGUUGCGCUUUUUAAAAUCGGCGGAGAGGUGAUGAAAUAUCCGAUCUGCAAUCAAUCUGCAGUAUCUGUCAAGUUCGCCGACCGAGACGAGGAAAACGUGUUCGAGAUUCUCUUGAUUACAGUCUUUUCGAACCCAAGAUAGAACUUGCGAGAGUUCGAGUUCGAAAUGUGGGUUGUUUCGGAGCGAUAUUAUGAUGUCAGCUAUGGGAGCAAGUAGCAUUUCCUGGAUACUUCCUAUAACUGACGCGAAGGGGAUGGUAUGGUUUCUGGAAAGGAAAUGGGGGGUCAGAAAAGCGUAUGACAGAAAUAUUUGAAGAAGAUUGAGAGAAGAAGAAAGUAUUGCGCAGUUCUAGGUGAGGACCUAGAUACUUGAUAGAACGUUAUGGAAGUUGUAAGAGUGAGGAAUGUGAACAUCAGAAAGUGGUGUCUUGGAUUCAAACACAAACCCGAGAAAAUCUGCACUGUUAUCACGGAAUUGGUUGAUGGAAUGAAGUGGAAAUAUACGCAGGCCGAUGAAACGGCUAUACGAUGGACGAACGGCCCCAAGGAGAGAUCAUAUGGUGAAUUGAGAGAAGUGGAUGGAAUGAAAGUAGUUGGGUUGAAAGUGAGAGAUCGAAGGUCAAAACAAGAAAUCGCGUGUGAACAACAAGCGAACCAGCAUCUCCUUUCUCUUGCAAACGCCCAAACAAACAGCCCAACAAACGUAUAAACGUGAUAAUACCAGCCCAAAGAAAGAAAAGGCGAUGCCACUUACAUAUCAGGACACUUAAACGUAGGCAGCUCCUCCAACAAUUGCCUCAUUGCUUCGUCCUCCUUCAUCUCUUUAUCAUUUCUAAUCAUCUCGUCCGCACGCCUCCGGACUUCAGCCUCUCUUUUCUCAUUCGCAGCCUCCUCAGCCGCUUUUUCCCAGCUAUUCCGCCUAUCGAAAAGUUGCCAUGCCAUCGCCGCAUCCCCGCCGCUCUCGUCAAUUGCCAUAUCUAGUGCAGGCAGUAAAGGUUGUUUCAUCUCAAACGCAUCGUA